AUGGAAUUUCAUUCAAAGAAAUUGGAGGGGCAAUCAAAUAAAUAACUAAGUAAUAAUUUAUUAAGGUAAUAUAAAAAUCAAUAAUUUGAGGAUAAACUUUAUAAAAUUUAUUUUGAAUAUGAAUUACUGAAUCCAUUAAAUAUAUAGAUAGAUGAUAUAUCUGUAAAAUAGUCAUUGUCAGAAUGCUUAAAUAAGAUUCAAGAUGUAAAUAUAUGUAUUAAAUAGAUUACAAGUUUAAGAAAUUUGGUUUGAAAUCUGUAGGCUUAUAAUUUAAAGGUGAAUUACUAUAUUCUCAAAAUUAAAAAUUGGCAUUUUCUUUAAAAGUACAUUGAAUUUAAAUACUAAAAAAAUGUUUCAACAAAUCCAGCAAAUAUUAAAAUAAUGGAUUCCUUUAAUAUUAGAAGAAUUAAGUUACAAACAAAUAUAAGAUUCACUUAGGUGACUGAAUAAAUAUCAAAAAUACCUUAGAGAGGAAAGUAAAAAUUAUGAAAACUUAAAUCUCUUAAUAAUGAUUAAAUAUUAAGUCAAUAAUAAUUGAAGGAAGUAACCAAUCAAAAGGAGAUUAAUUAAUAGUUUUUCUAAGCAUAAACAUAAUCAAGUGAAUGUGUUUAAAACAAUUAAUCUCAAAUAUUAUAAGGGGACUUAUUGAUAUUUAUUUAGCAGACUCAAAAAUAACAAUUUAAGGUUUAAAAACUAUAUGAAUAGAAUUUAUAUUAAGUUAAUUUUGAAUGAUAAAUUAGAAUCAUCAAAUGUAAGAUUAUCUUAAGAAUUGCAUCCUGCAUAUUAUUUGGACAAAAGAUUACUAAUAAAGCAUUUAAGGAAAAUGAUUUAGUAUUAUAAAAUGAUGUAGAUUAUGAAUUCAAUAAAGAAUAAGAAAUAAUUUAUGUAAAUCUAUAUUUUUCAGAGUUGUAAAUUGAUUAAAUUAAAGUUCUAGAGAUUAAAUAAAUAGUAAAUCUAGAUUAGCCAAAAUAACAAUAAUAAUAGAUAAUAAAAGAAAAGAAAUCUAAAAAAGAAGUAGUUGGCCAAUAAAAUUAACAAUAAUAACCAGAAAUAAAAGGGAGAUUGAAAUAAGAAUAUUUCAUAAUUUUGACAAUCUUAAGAUUAAUGAAUACAAUAUAUUUGAAGAUAUUAUUUUGA